CAGCCGCCGCCAUCGACAUCGGCUCACCUGGCCGCCGUCGCCGCCGCCGCCGCCGGAGCGCGCCGCUCUGGACUGGCGAGACGUUCCAUUCGACGGUGUGGACUGGUGGCUUGUGCGGAGCUGAGGUGAACCGUUGAAAGGUUUUAGAAGGCGUGCUCUCGAGGACGGUGGUCUAAAAUGUUUUGGUGAGACAGUGCGUGAUAAACCCCAGCUGGGUUCAGUGAGGAUUGUCGUGCGAUGAUAUAUCCCUGGGCGAUGAGAGGCAACGAAAACGGUUGUGAAGGAAUGCGUUCUUCAUAUCAUGGUCGUGCAGUCUCUUACAGGCUUCAAAGGUUGCAAUAAUAUUGAGAUAAGCCAACGUCUAUUGAAAGGUCGGUCAGCUUGGUGAGGGGUGCGGCGCUGCGUGCGGCCCGAUGGCCCACCAGUUCUGGUUCGGCAUCUCCGGCCCUCCGUGGGCCCGCAACUCCAGUUCCAAAGCCCAGGAUAACCGCAGGACGUCCGGUAUGACCGAAGACAGCGAUAGCUCUAAAAUGUCACCUCCAUCAAGCGCGCCGAUUGCCAGCCUGGACGGCCUGGAGGACCUGCAGAUCUCGCGCGGUGAGAGCGUCGACAUGGACGCGUCGCCGCCGGCGCAGGACAGCCUGGCCGUGCCCCGGCUGUCGGCCCAGCUCAGCCGCCAGAGCAGCAGCCUCGGCUCGACACAUGCCAUCCGGUACCGGCCGCUCGGCAAGAGUGGCCUCAGGGUGCCCAGCAUAGGGCUAGGCACGUGGGUCACCCUGAGCCCACAGGUGUCGGACGAAGCAGCCGAACAGGUCAUCGCGUGCGCUUACGAGAACGGCAUCAACCUGUUCGACACGGCAGAGUUCUACUCGGGCGAUCAGGCUGAGCUGCGGCUCGGGCAAAUAUUGAAGAACCAGAACUGGAAGCGCACCAGCUACAUCGUCAUCACCAAGGUCUACUGGUCCAAUCGAGGAGAAGACAGAGGACUUUCUCGGAAGAGGAUAAUAGAAUCACUUAAAGCCUCCCUCGAACGCCUACAGCUGGAAUACGUGGACAUCUUCAUCAUUCAAAAGAUGGACCCGAAAUGUCCGAUGGAAGAGGUGGUGCGCGCCUGCCACUACUGCAUCAGCCAGGGGUGGGCCAUGUACUGGGGCUCGGCCAAGUGGAGUCCGGCCGAGAUAUUCGAGGCCUACACCAACUGUCGCCAGUUCAACUGCACGCUGCCCAUCGUCGAGCAGACCGAAUACCACAUGUUCUGCCGAGAGAAGACCGAGCUCUACAUGCCGGAGACGUUCAACAAGAUUGGUGUGGGCUGCAUGUCGUGGAGUCCGCUAUCGGUCGGCCUCGUUUCGGGGAAGGUGGAGGACGGCGUGCCGCUGUUCACACGCCCUUCGUUCAAGAGGAAAUACGCCAGCUGGGACGGCGGCGAUAACAACAAGCAGAACAACAACGCUAAGCGGGAGGAGAUGUCGCCGUGGAACGCCGACCGGCUGAACGCCGAGGAUGGCAAGCGGACGCAGGCACGAUUGCGCGAGAUCUCGCUUCUGGCCGAGAAGCUGGGCUGCUCGGUCACCCAGCUGUCGGUAGCGUGGAGCCUGAAGAACGAUACGGUUGGCUGCGUGCUGGUGGGGGCCGUCAACUGUCAACAAAUCCUGGACCACAUUCAGGCACUGGCGAUGACGUCACGCCUGACGCCGGCGGUCAGCAGUGAGCUGGAGAACAUUCUCGGCAACCGUCCCGUCCGCUUCCUUCCCGUCUCACCCAUUCCCAAGGGCUCGGAUGCUCCCCGAUGAACAUUCAUAGGCUUAUGAGCCUCCUCGAGGCAGAGCCGCUCGCGUGCAUCCAAUGCUUCUCACUCCCGCCGAUCGUUUUUCGGAAACCAGCGUCCUCCCCUCAACGUCGGCGACUUCCUCACUCAGUCAAUACCCAGUUUCCUUUACCCAGCCGUUCUCCAUUGUGGCGGACAGCCUCUCCGACCAACGCUCCUCGAUUUCAACCGGCUCCAAACCCCUCCAACCAAGCUUAACCAAAGCAGCUGUAAAAAUUACCCCUUCUUCCCAACCGACGCAUUUUCCUCUCCUCAGACGACCCCCUGGAUUCCUGGUUGCUCACCGAAAAAAUUUUACUCACAAGUUUGUUGACUAGUCUAGAUGUUUUUGUAGUAGAGCAUUGCAACCAUAUACGUAUGAAUAUAAGGUUUAUUGUAACACCUGGCGAUUCCAUGUCAAAUAGCUACUCACAGGAUGCCUUCCCCGCUCAGGCACAUACGUCGUGCAGUGUCUGUAUGGCCAUGCUUGUGCCUGUAUUUUGCUUUGAGAACCUAGAGCGAACGUGUCGACAGCCAUGGAGUAGUGUCAUGCUGUCUGAUCGCCGAACCACUGCCUUUUGUUCGCAAACUCACAGGAUUCUCCUCGUGGUGAUGUUCUGAUGCGAGCCGGCCUGCAUGUGUUUAGAUACGAAGCUUUUCAUAGCUGAAUUCAUGCAAAUGUUGUUGUCAUAGAUGUCACAAUUGCCCUCUCUCUCUCUUCCAGAAACUUGCCAUCAGAUGAGCAUUUCGUAAAUGUCUGGAAUGUGAUAUCGAGGAUUGCAUGUUCGUCCAUGCAUUUAAAUGUUUUCUGAAUCUGUUGGCAUUGGGAGGUUUUGUGUUUCUAUUUUUGAUGUAGCUUCUUUCAUAACAGUCUAAACCAAAUUGUCUAGCUUCGUUUGCAUUUUAAGCCUGUUGCAGACUUCUGCUCGUUUUUAAAGGAAAACUGUCAUCCUGUCUAACAGAUGCCAUCGAAAUCCAGUGUUACUACACCAGUCAUCUCCAUCCAUUGCCCCACUCCGCUCCAGGCUGUGCCAUUGUUGCACACAUCGACUCGGUCAUCUCUGUCUGCUGCUGUUUGCACUGACCAGGCAAACUCCAAUGGAGUGUAUGUGACAACUUACACUCCAUUUCUCGAUCCCUGCUGUACCAGCCUACAAGAUCCCCAGUUCCAUCCACUGGCGCUGCACGCCGAAACUGCCGCCGUUGGGGCGCCAUCCGGACAGCGCGGCCGAUUUGUGACCCCCCCCCCUAACGGCUGUAUUCUGACUGACGCUCUAGCCGUCCCCCUCCUUGUUCUAACAGCUUCGUUUAGCAGUGUUCCUGGUCCGUUCCCACCUAUAGUGACACCCUGAGGAUGUCACGUCCGACCGGCGUGCGAUCUCCAUAAACCGCUCCCUUGUACCCCAUCGCAUGGCCCGUCCCCAGCUCCAGCCCCACCCGGUCCGCGCCCAACUCUAGUCUCCCCGUACCAGCACACCUCUAACCUCCCUGGUCCGUGUCCCACCUCAGCGUACCACCGCGUCCACAUCCCACUUCCAAUCACCGUGUUCGGCGCCCACCUGUAAGUGCUCCUGCUGCGCGCCGCGUGGCGGGCGGCGGCUGACGGC